CAAAGGUUUUCAGAGUAAACUGGUGAAGGAGGAAGUUCCUGAUGAUGAAAACAAACUGAACGUCGGCUCCUCCUGCUCCUCGUGUCCACGUUCCUCUACAACCCAGAAUCACCUCCACGAUCACAUCAGGAGCCACAGUGACACAUUUGAAACUCUGGUGGAAUCUGAAGAAGAGGUUAAAUAUGAGGAUCUGGCGCCCACUAAAGACUCCAGUAAUCAGCAAACGUCCACCGGCGCUCCCAGCAUGAUCACCAACAUCUGUUUAGAGUGUGGGAAGAACUUCAGUUCCCACAAGGCUCUAAAAACCCACCAGCGCAUUCACACCGGUGAGAAACCAUAUUCCUGCUCCAUUUGUGAGAAACGAUUUACCCAUCAGAGUGCGUUCAAAAAACACCAGCGCAUUCACACCGGAGAGAAACCGUACCAGUGCCCGCACUGCGGGAAGAGCUUCACAAACCACUGUCAUUUGAAAACCCACCUGCGCAUUCACACCGGAGAGAAACCGUACCAGUGCUCGCACUGCGGGAAGAGCUUCAACCACCAGAGCAAUUUCAAAGGCCACCAGCGCAUUCACACCGGAGAGAAACCGUACUGCUGCUCGAUGUGCGGGAAGAGGUUCAACCAGCCGAGUACUCUCAAGAGACACCUGCGCAUUCACACCGGAGAGAAACCCUUCCAGUGCUCGCACUGCGGGAAGAGUUUCAACAGCCACAGCAUUCUUAAAACCCACCAGCGCAUUCACACCCGAGAGAAACCGCUCGGCUGCUCGCACUGCGGCAAGAGCUUCAAUAAACAGAGCGCUCUCAAAACCCACCAGUGCAUUCACACCGGAGAGAAACCCCACCAGUGCGCACAGUGCGGGAAGAGCUUCACUAACCACAGUCAUCUUAAAAGGCACCAGCGCAUUCACACCGGAGAGAAGCCGUAUCAGUGCUCGCAGUGCGAGAGGAGUUUUACUAACCACAGUCAUCUUAAAAGGCACCAGCGCAUUCACACCGGAGAGAAGCCGUAUCAGUGCUCGCAGUGCGACAAGAGUUUCAAUAACCACAGUCAUCUCAAAAGACACCAGCGCAUUCACACCGGGGAAGAUCUGUACUGCUGCUUAUAUUGUGAGGAGACUUUUAGUAACCAGAAUGAUCUCAAGAUUCACCAGUUCACUCACGACAGAGAGAAACCGUACUGCUGUCUGCAGUGUGGACGCAACUUCACUCACUUACUGACCCUCACCAGACACAAGUGUGUCGACUCGAAGCCGGCGGAUCUUCAUGAAUGAUUGGUUUUCUUUUAUUUUACUAUCUUCUGAAUCCCCAGUAUCCCCAGAGGUACUCGCUUCACAUUGUCCCGGGCUGCUGUCACUAGCUUUUGAUUGGUCUGAUUGGAUCGACUCUACACAGGUUACAGGUUAGAAUCUGGAUCCACCAUGAACCUGAUCGGCAGUUACUGAAGUUAUUUACACCGAUCAGCCAUAACAUUAAAACCACCUCCUUGUUUCUACAC